AUGGCAUCUCAGUCUAAUUAUGGGAGUCAUGACUCUUUGCAUAGUGACGCUGAUGAACUAACAGCCCAAGCUAAGAGGAAUAACAAAAGCUUUUCCGAGACUACUCUUACUAGCAAUGAUAAUACAGGACCAUCUGAACCAGAAGAAAAUACACUAUUGUAUUCUACGACGUCGUCUGCUAGAAAUGACGAGAGAUGGUAUAACAGGCCAAGCAUUCCAAUAAUUUGUGUGCUGAUGUUUUUACUUUGUCUUUCAGAUAUGUUAUUUUUCACUCCCAAUGUUGGGUUAACGAUGACGAAAGUUUGCACACAUCUUAAUGAUGAAAAUAUUGAGGAUCCGGAGUACCAAUGUGAUCCAGCUGAAGUACAAGUAAUUGUUUCUGAAAUUACUUCAGCUACACUGAUAAUUUCUGGUGUAAUUACAACUGGAACGUCGAUGAAAUGGGGAGGAGUAUCUGAUAGAAUCGGUAGAGUACGUGCACUCGCGUAUAUGGGCACCAUUAAGGUAAUUGGAAAUUUACUACAUACACUAGCUUUAUUACCUUCUUCUCCAUACAGCAGAUGGUUAAUUAUUUUGACAAGCUGUAUCAAUGCCUUUACAGGCGGUACUUUUGCUUUUAUGGCCACAGCAAAUUCUUACGUUUCAGAUGUUACAAAACAAAAAGAUAGAACUGUCCAAUUAAGUGUAGUUCUUAGUAUAAUGCAUGCUACCAUGGGUAUCGGUCCAAUGCUAAGUUCAUUUUUAAUUAAAUUCUCAGACGGACGUGAUCAGGUCCCACUUUUUGGUUCCAUCGCUAUUGGGGCCAUAUUUACCUUACUAUGCUUUAAACUGGUGAGAGAACCUAGAACUGAGGAAUCCAGGUUGAAAUCUCAAUCAGAACAUGAUAAACAUCUUCAACAAAUGCAAGAAAAGAAGAAAUCAAUGGUAUCAGAUGCAGAUAAUUCAAAGGAGAAAAUUCUAGCAUACACGAAGUAUUAUGCCAUUGAAAUUUUUGGCUUAUACAAACCCAUGAAGAAAUUGUGGUUAAAGCCAACUGAGACCGGAUCACUAAUACCUCGUUAUACGGUUAUCCUAUUAUUAGCCUUAGAUCUUUUAUCCAUGUCUGCCACCAUAGCCAUGGGACCGGCUCUUAUUUUAUUUGCCACUUAUAGAUACAAUUGGAGGUCUGUCGAAUUAGGCUAUCUUGUUUCACUUUUAGGUAUCCUACGUUCAUUGAUGCUCGUCGUUUUAGCUCCAUUACUUUUGAAACUUUUAAAGAAAAAAUUCACCGCACUUGACCGUUCCGUUGAUAACGUUGACAUCAUAUCUUUGAGAGGUUCCAUGAUCUGUAUUUUUAUUGGGUUAUGCUGUAUGAUAAGAUGGAACAAGCAUUUCCAAGCCAUUAUACUCUACGGAUUCUUUGCUUCGUUGGGUGCCAUUGACUCGCCAACCAUACAAUCAACAAUCAUCAAGUAUUGUAGCAAGAAUAACACGGGAGAAUAUUUUGGUGGGAUAGCAUUGAUUCGUUCAUUUGCCAUGUUCGUCAUCCCACCCUUGUUAUUGAAAAUCUACGCGUCCACCGUGGAAACCAAACCUGAACUAUUUUUCUACGUGCCGUUGGUAUCUAUUGCAAUAGCCAUUUUCCUCACCAUGUUCCUAGGGGUGCACGAGGAAGAACAAUACUCGGAUUCGGACGUGAUGUCCAUAGACACCACGACGGAUGGUAUGGAUUGA